CCACCUGCCUCUGGAGACUCCCCCGCUGCCGUCGAUCCUCCGGCCCGCCCCACACGCUUCCUCCCUUCCCUCCCGUGCCUUGGCCCUGCCCCUUGCCCCCCUAGUUUUGAUCCUGGGUACACCCCUGCCUGACAUCACUUCCAUGAUCAGACAAAAGCGGAAAUGCUUGGAGAUAGAAAUUCUGGGAAGUAAUCCAUGGGCAAACUUAUCCACGUGCUCCUUUUGCUGCAGGAAAUUCUAUAAAAGGAUGACAUCAGAGCUACUGAGAAGUACAGCAGAACCAGCAGGGAAGACUCCCCCUGUGUAGUGUCUGGCUGCUGUCAUCCACCAAAGUCAUCAAGCUGAUUUCAGCCUUGUAAUAAGCCAGGCUGGAACAGAUCUAAAUCCAACCUGCAACUGAGUUGCCACCACUCUCUCCUACACCUUACUUUUUUUUUUAAAAAAAAAAGGAAGUUAAAGCCUAGCUGGUAACAAUUAAGGAUGGUGGAGGUGAAAGAGGGCUCACAAAUCCUUCCUUUAGUAUUGGAAUUGGAACAUAGCCCCCAUCCAAGGAAACAUACUCAGCUCUGGUACUGUAUUCUUAUUCAGCCAAGAUGGGUAUGGAUCCAAAGAAGAGCUGUUUGGCUUUAGUUCUUCAGGCACCUUGUCCUCAUCCUUAUGCUGAAGAAACAUAGGAAAACCAGACACCUGAGUCAUAACUGUAGAUACUCCGCUUAAUGUGGAAUCUAAUGCAAAUGUGAGCAUCUUGACUGGCAACAUGUUUUGCAAACUUGUUACAGCAAGCUAAUGGAAGUUUAAUAUGUAACACCAUUCAGGUCAGCUCUGAAUGGAUGUCACUCUGCUGGGAUGAUAUAAUUUAUAGGCUGUGUUGACAUGAGCAUCAUCACUGCUACAGAGUAGGUUCUAACCCAUUCAGAAUGAGUUCUAAUCCAUCAAAAAGUCUUGAGAUUUUCUCCACUGUUUCUCCUGCUGGCUACCCUUUCAUGUCAUUGUCCCAAGAGAACCAAGAAGGCUGAACUUUUCACAUUUAGCGGGUGCUGAAAGCCAUUGUUCCAAGCACCCAGACCAUUUCCCCAUUCCACAAUUGUUGUUGUUGUUUAGUCGUUUAGUCGUGUCUGUGGACCAUAGCACACCAGGCACUCCUGUCUUGCACUGCCUUCGUGACCCCAUGGACCAUAGCACGCCAGGCACUCCUGUCUUCCACUGCCUCCCGCAGUUUGGUCAAACUCAUGUUUGUAGCUUCAAGAACACUGUUUCACGAUUAACCAGUCAUAUUCUCUCUGCCUUGGAGAUCUUGAGGGAUAUGAGGGCGAGUCUACCACAGCACCCUGGACUGUAGUAGACCUCCAGUGAACUUCUUGAAGGUCUUGGAUCCAGGAACAGCAUUGUUUGGGCUGACAUAUUGCUUAAUCUUGCUUAACCAAAUACCUUCCACCACAAUACAGAUGCAACAAAGGUUAAAAGCAGCACACAUAACCCUUUACUGGAUUAGGGACCCUCAGGCAUGUAGGGUGAUGGUUGUUUGUAUGCCCCCAGGAAAUUGCAAAGUUUUAGCAGAGUUGAUUGAUUUCAUUCUUGUUUCUUCCAAAGCAUUCCUAACUCCAGUUUAUUUGUAUUGCUCUAAUAAAAGGAAUGUGUAUAUCCAAAAUGCAUGAAGUAUUCUGAACAGUACAAUUUUAUGUACUAUUUUUCUUUUGAGAAAUAUAUGUAUGGCUCCAGAAAUUCUGGAAAUGUUGAGUAUAUCUUGCCCUGAACAUUUUCUCAAUAAACUAUUGAUUUCAAAUACUUUGCAAAAUAUAAUCACUUGAUUUUAUACUGGCUAGAUAAAGCCUUUUGCUUGCUUGAAGAAAGAUAAUAUCAGGAAAUAGAUACCGGUAGCUGUUCUGUUCUCCUAUUGUAGCUAAAAAGACUAUUUGGAGACAAAAGCCCUCUUCACUGUCAGCUAGAAGGCAAAAAUUCCUGACACUGUAAUGAAGGUCAAUAAUUUACAAUCUUCAUUUCCUUCCUUAAGAGAAAAAAGUUAAUGCUACUGGCUAAUAAUAAAUUACCAAAUGUAUUCCAUGCCCUAAAAUAUAGAUUUUCCCCCUUAUAAACAGCUUAAUAUAUUACACACAUACACCCCUAUAUGCUUAGGCAGCUGAGAAAGCAUUGUUUUCAGUAGUUCACAGCAAGUAUUUUUCAGGACUUGGUAAGCGAAUAGUGUGACUACAAUAGCAAACUAAUCCAUUUAAUCUCUUGUUUUGACAGCUAUUUCAGGAAUGUAAAGUAGAAGCGUAAUUUUGAAUCUCUUCAGAUUUAUAUUUAGAAUAAAUGACAAGAGUGACACAGAAUUGGCACAUCAGUGUUCCGUGAAGCAUUUAGCUACUUGCUGUGCGGGGAGCAAUUGGGCUCUAUAAUGCCUAAAAACCAGUGCUCUUGCCAAUGUGAACAGCUUCUCUUGGAGAACCCAUUUCUGUAGCAUGGCUUUCUGUCUGACCUGUCAUGGGCUUAUCCAAAUUAUGGCCUUAGCACUUGAUUAGAGAUAUCAGUUGUAGGGGUGCUUGAGGAAUGCAGAGUCCUCUUUAGGUGUUGCAACUAGAGAAAAGUUAAUACAGAGACAGCACACAAAAUACAGCAGGGAUAAGCACACUACCUUCAUUUUUCGUCCAUAGUCAUUUUUGACUCAUGGAAGAGGAUUGCCUCGAGCAGGGAUUGUUUUAUGCCUAUGGAGGUUUUCCACAUCUUUUAGAACUUUGGAAAAUCACAAGAAACCUCCAUGGAUACAUUGCCACUUCAGACAGUCACCUUCCACAACUUGAGCAGUAAUGAAAACAGUGGUGGGAGAAGCAUGUAGCUAGUGGCUUGUCCCUGCUUGACCCCCCUCAAUUAUUUAUUUGCUAUACACAUGAAUGACCAGACUGUGAUAGUAGAGUUCUGAGUGUCAAACAAAGGAUGGGAAAUCCGUUUAAAAACAUGUUUUCCUUUGUGAAUCAGACUCACUGCUAAUGAUGAUGAUGAAACAUGAUGGGCAAGGAGUGGACUGGGCAGAAUCUCCCUUUUUGAUGUUAUCCACUUGUGUUUUAAUUUGUAGAGCAGGAGGGCUUUGUUUUUGGUUUUCUUAGAGAAAGAAGGAACAUUAUAAAAUAGUACUUUACACUGUUCAUAUAGCACCAUCCAUUUUGUCCCUAUUAUUAUUAUUAUUAUUAUUAAAUUAUACCCCACCUUUUUCCUGAUCAUCACAGAUAGUGAAAACAAAAAUGUUCUAUGGUGAUGUAAAACAAGUCACAUUACUAUUACUACUACUUCUGCUACUAUUCUAAACUGGACAUGCACAGCUUACUAUAUUGUGCCUAUAGCCAGCUGAGGAAAUGUAAAAGUGGCCUCCAGGUGGCAGUUAAGAAGUCUGAGUUGACUCUAGGUAUACACUCAGUGUUUUAGGAGCUCUGGACAGGAAUAUAUUAGUUGUGAUGCUUUAGGUGAUUUCCCCCCUAAGAGAACCAGUGUGGUGUAGUGGUUAAGAGAGGUAGAGUCGUAAUCUGGGGAACCAGGUUCGUGUCUCCGCUCCUCCACAUGCAGCUGCUGGGUGACUUUGGGCUAGUCACGCUUCUUUGAAGUCUCUCAGCUCCACUCACCUCACAGUGUUUGUUGUGGGAGAGGAAGCGAAAGGAGAAUGUUAGCCGCUUUGAGACUCCUUUGGGUAGUGAUAAAGUGGAAUAUCAAAUCCAAACUCUAAGUAUAUUUUAUAUUGCUGCUGUCUUGUGUGAACGUUAAGGGUUCCCUGGGCUUGCUGUUUAGCAGACAAGUACUGUAACUACUGCUUUUGGUACAUGACCUGCAAUUUUUGCAGGCUCCUUCUGUGGCUUUUGUCACAGGACUGUUUGUUCUUAGCCGAUGGUGCCUGUGGUCUGUCAAUAGACAAUGGGUCACAGCAGCAUGAAUUCAGAAAUAUAGGUGGAGACAGGAAUUAAAUGUACAUUGGAAGCAGAUCCAGUUUCCUUUAAUAUUGUUGUGUGGAUGUUCACUUGCUUGUCUCUGUGUUAGAGGAAAGCAGGUAACUAAUCAUAUUAGAAGUUGUAGAGAGAUAUUUUUCCUAUUGAAAUGCAUCUUCUGUGACAAUUUUUUUUGUACUUUCCUGUGAUAUUUCCCUCCCCUGAUCAGUACUUAAGCCCAUUUCAAAACUGGAGAAAAUUGUGAUCAUAGAUAUAAACACAGAAUUGUUUCCUGGGUGGUUUAGAGAUUUCCAGGUAUAUAAUAGUGAUACUAGGUGGUUGUCAGCUAAGUUGUACUCAAAGUAGACUCACUGAAAUUAAUGAACACAACUAUAUUAUGCCAAAUUAACUAUGUUAAUUUCAGUUAAUUACUCUGACUAAAACUUUGUUGACUGCCAUCCAGUGUUUUGGCUUAGCUUGGAAAUUCUUAUAGGGUUUACAUUUUAUGCAGUGGCAUAUAUUUUCCAAGGUCAGCUAGUUUUAGGCCUAAAAUAACAGAUGGGGAAACUUUCAGAUUGACUGUGACAGAUAACACAAUAACACUGGCUUCUUGGAACACUUGAAAUCUUGGCACUGUUACAUGCACUCUGUUUUUGAAUAUAUUCUAAUUCUGACCAUGAUCUGAGAACAUAACUAGUAGUGAUUAAAUAUCAAAGUCAUCAGCUUGUUUCCAAUACAGCUUUUUAAAGUACCAGUUGUUAGUUACUUUUCCUCUUGUUUUGCCUUCAUCCUAGAAAUCAGGCAUGCCAAUUACAGGGGGCUGAGAGGUCUUCAGCCCCCUCAAGAUCUGCAGUAAGGGGCCGGGGCGCCUGAAUGUUGAGGGGGCAGAGGAGGGCAAGCGCAGAGCCCUCCUCCUGAAGUGCUUUUUUGUUUGUUUGUUUUUUGAGCCACCUUCCGGGUGUGCCUUUUCCUUGUUAUGUCAAUCUUUCAGUUCUUGCUAUAUUUCUUGUCCAGGUCUUUUAUUCCAAUUCCCAGAACAUUGUGUUUUCCUUAAGGAUUUUUUUCUCCUUCUGGCUUGAACUUAGAACAAGUUAUUGCUUCAAUCUUGUCAAGGCUAGUUUGCCUUGACUAGACUCCCCAAAUUGACGUGUUCCCUCAGCCACAAUCUUUGUGUUAGAACAAUGUUAUUUUUCAUUCCAUGCCUAGCUCAUUGCUCCUGCACUAUUAUCUAUUCAAUGCAGUAUUUAAGGAUAUUAUCUUGCUCAUUUUUUUUUGUAUCUCUAAUGGUGUCUCUAAUGGAGCUGAUGUCUGCAAUUAACUGAUACCAGCACUUGACUGUUAUCUUGUAACGUAUUAUUUAUAAACCGGUGACAUUGCUAUUAAAUUACUAACUUGUUUCCCCUCCCCUUCUUUUUUAUGUGCUGACUCGUACGAUUCACUGUCUACUACUACAAUGUUAACAUACUACAAUGGUCUGGUGAUGGUCAUCAUAUUGAAAUUAUUGAAUAAUCAACCAUGACUACAGAAUCUGGAUCAGAUUCCGAAUCAAAGGAUCAGGAUCAAGAGCAGAAAGAAGCUUCGGGUCAACAAGGAUCAGGUGGGACAGGGGCCCAAGGACAGCAGCAGCAGCAGCAGCAGCAGCAGCAGCAGCUGAGUGAAGAGCACCAGAAUGCAUUAGAACAAUUUUCUGGUGUUGCAGCUCACAGCACUCCUGUGAAAAAGGAACCGGGCAGUGACAAAGAACGCGCAUUUGCUGCUGCAGCAGCAAAACAACUGGAAUACCAGCAGUUUGAAGACGACAAGCUCUCUCAGAAAUCAUCCUCAAGCAAGCUUUCCAGAUCUCCUCUAAAGAUUGUCAAAAAACCGAAAAAUAUGCAGUGCAAAGUAAUCCUUCUAGAUGGCUCAGAAUACGGCUGUGAAGUGGAGAAACGUUCAAAAGGCCAGGUGCUGUUUGACAAAGUAUGUGAACAUCUGAACCUGCUGGAAAAAGAUUACUUCGGGUUAACAUACAAAGAUAUGGAAAGCCAGAAGAAUUGGUUGGACCCAGCCAAGGAAAUAAAAAAGCAGAUCCGAAGUGGUGCUUGGCAUUUCUCUUUUAAUGUGAAAUUCUAUCCUCCUGAUCCUGCCCAGCUUUCUGAAGAUAUUACCAGGUACUACCUCUGUUUACAGCUGAGAGAUGACAUAGUUUCUGGACGACUGCCAUGUUCUUUUGUUACACUUGCACUAUUGGGCUCCUAUACAGUUCAGUCAGAGCUUGGAGAUUAUGAUCCUGAUGAAUACGGAAGUGAUUACAUCAGUGAAUUUCGCUUUGCACCAAACCAUACUAAAGAACUGGAAGACAAAGUAAUAGAGCUUCAUAAAAGCCACAGGGGAAUGACACCUGCGGAAGCUGAGAUGCAUUUUUUGGAGAAUGCAAAAAAAUUAUCCAUGUACGGAGUAGAUCUGCACCAUGCCAAGGAUUCUGAAGGAGUUGAAAUCAUGUUAGGGGUUUGCGCAAGUGGUCUCUUGAUAUAUCGGGACAGACUCAGAAUAAACAGAUUUGCUUGGCCUAAGGUUCUCAAAAUUUCAUACAAGAGGAAUAACUUCUAUAUCAAAAUCCGACCAGGGGAAUUUGAGCAAUUUGAAAGCACAAUUGGGUUUAAAUUACCAAAUCAUCGUGCUGCGAAGCGUUUAUGGAAAGUAUGUGUUGAACAUCAUACAUUUUUCAGGCUCUUGCUCCCAGAGGCUCCUCCCAAAAAAUUUCUUACGCUGGGUUCCAAGUUUCGCUACAGUGGAAGGACACAAGCCCAGACAAGGAGAGCAAGUGCACUGAUAGACCGACCAGCACCUUACUUUGAGCGUUCAUCAAGCAAACGCUAUACUAUGUCUCGCAGCUUAGAUGGGGCAUCAGUCAAUGAAAACCAUGAAAUGUACAUGAAGGAUUCUAUGUCUGCUGCAGAGGUUGGUACUGGCCAGUAUGCCACGACAAAGGGCAUCUCUCAAACGAACUUGAUAACCACUGUGACUCCAGAGAAAAAGGCGGAAGAGGAGAAGGAUGAGGACCAGAAUAAAAAGAAGAAAUCAGAAGAAGUCACUCCAGUCUCAACAAUACGGCAUGAUACAAAGCCACCUUUGCUUGGUACAGAUCCAUUACAUACCUCACCAUCCUCACUAUCUGGUCCCUUUGCAUCUUCAACAAAGCCCCGUAGGAGAUGUAAGGAGAGUGGUCGAAAACCAUUAGAUUGCAAGUCAUCUAAAAACACUGUUCAAAAGCCUGACGAGUCUGAGGUGGACUCUGAAAGAAAAGGAAGAGUUUGCUCAGUUGAACAAGAUAUGGCCUUCAGCUAUAAACAAAAGGCUGGUAAAGGCGGGACAUUGUUUUCCUUCUCCUUGCAACUUCCAGAAUCAUUCCCCACACUCCUGGAUGAUGAUGGCUACUUAUCCUUUCCUAAUCUCUCUGAAACCAACUUUCUGCCAGAAAGUGUGCAGCACUUCCUUCCCAUUCGCUCACCAUCCCUUGUGCCUUGUUUCCUUUUCAUCUUUUUCUUUCUGCUUUCUGCCUCUUUCUCAGUGCCAUAUGCUCUCACUCUCUCCUUUCCUCUGGCUAUGUGCCUCUGCUACCUGGAGCCCAAGGCGGCCUCCUUGAGUGCUUCACUUGACAAUGACCUGAGUGACAGUUCAGAGGAAGAGACUGACAGUGAAAGGACAGAUACUGCAGCUGAUGGGGAAACCACUGCCACAGAGUCUGAUCAAGAAGAAGAUGGUGAUCUCAAGGCACAGGAACUAGAUAAAAACCAGGAAGACCUGAUGAAACACCAGACCAAUAUAAGUGAGUUGAAACGGACAUUCUUGGAAACCUCCGCAGAUACCUCAGGGACCAAUGAAUGGGAGAAGAGGCUUUCUACAUCACCAGUCCGGCUUGCUGCAAGACAUGAAGAAGCUCCUAUGAUUGAACCACUUGUGCCUGAAGAGACCAAAGAAGAAAGAGAAAAAUCUGAAAAGCGUCUAUUUUUGCAGAAGGAAAGCACUGCAUACCUUGAUUCUCAGGGCACUGAGGAUUGGGUUAUUGUAGACAAAGUACCCACUGAGGUAGUUGAUGGUGAAUCGAAAACAAUUGUGACAUACAAAGUAAUGACUGUGAGCAGUAAAACUGGUGACAUCCCUGGCAAGCUUUUAAAAUCCACUGACAUACAGAGCUUUGAGGACUUGGAAGGUGAAUUGCAGUCAAAAGACUACAAUAAGCAGAAAAUGUACACUUUAGGAAAAUCCUACGAUACUGUUUCUGGGAAAAUUCUAACCAUGACCAGUAAAGUAAAAGAGGGAGAAAAAAUGGCACCAUCAUCACUUGAAGCAUUUCAAAAAAUGGAAAGGGCAGUGCCAGAAUCUGUGAAAAUCAUUCCUGUAGUAGCAGAAUAUGAAAUUCUAGAACCAAUUACUGAUGAGAGAGCCAGAAAAUUAUCUGAUUCAAAAAGAAGGGUAUCUGAAUCUUUGACACCUAUUAAAGAGACUGACUCCCGGCUGCAGAGCCCUGAAGAUGAAAGUUUGAAGAAGACCUUAAAGAUGGACCAGGAUUUGCAGUUGCGUGAUACACUGGGCAGCAUACAGAUUUCCAGAGCUGAGAAACCUCUUGACAGUGAAAGACUAAAAGGAGAGGCAUUUGGUCGGAAAGAAAAGAGUAUAUCUGAGUGGAAGUAUUCCAGAGAACCACCCUUGACCAUUGCUACUGCUCACUAUGUUACUGAAUCAUCAGCAUCAAGAGUAGUGACAAAACAGCUCUCCGGUGAAAAAGCUCUGGAUGGUUCAGAUAUCUUCACUUUAAUAGAGUCUGCAAGAAAACCAACUGAGUUCAUAGGAGGGGUUACAUCUACUUCACAUAGCUGGGCACAGAGAACAGAAGCUAAAACCGAUCAGGAGAUACAUUCUAGUGAGAAGAAGACAGAGGAGGAGAAGCAACAGGAGGCUGUGAAGAAGGUUGUGCAGGAAACUGUAAUGGUGGAGGAGAGACAUGUGAUGAGUGUGCAUGCAAGUGGGGAUGCUGCUAAAUUGGCUGGCGUUCAGCUGGAUACUACAGCAGAGGCAAUAUCGCAUGUGGCUUCUAGCAUCAAAGGGAAGGAGGGCUCUGCUGUGACUGAGGGGGCUAAAGAGGAAAAGAUGCAGGAGGCUGAAAAAGCUUUAACCAAACAGGAAGAAACUGCUACUGCAUCUCACGAUCAGGAGGAGAGUGCAGCAGCCCAUGCUUUGGAUGCACUGGAAAGAAAACCUCUUUUUGAGUCACCAAUUGUGAAGACUGAGUCAGUCAGUUUUGGCAGUGUUUCUUCAGGUGGGGAGAAGUUGGAAAUUUCUAUGAAGGAAGUGCCCAUCGUUCAUACUGAAACAAAAACCAUUACAUAUGAGUCCUCAGAGGCGGAUCCUAGUGCUGACUCUGAACCAGGAGUUCUGAUGAGCGCACAAACCAUCACAUCUGAAACUACCAGUACUACAACUACUACACAUAUCACUAAAACAGUGAAAGGAGGCAUAUCAGAAACAAGAAUUGAAAAGCGAAUAGUCAUCACAGGAGAUGCAGACAUUGACCAUGAUCAGGCGCUGGCUCAGGCAAUUAAAGAGGCCAAAGAGCAGCACCCUGACAUGUCAGUGACCAAAGUAGUGGUACAUAAAGAAACAGAAAUCACACCUGAAGAUGGGGAGGAUUGAUCACAGGAAUAAAGUAGCUUCCUUAUGAAUUCAGUCAUACGUGGGAAUACCAGAGCCUACAAUCUUGGUUCUAAUCCAGCAGGCUUGCAUCUCUCCAGAGAAAUUUUCAAUGUGGAAGAAUCAAUCUUGAUUGUUACUAAAGACACUGGCAGAAAUAUCGUCCCAUUUACAGCAAUCUGAAUCAGCAUUAGCAAGCCAAUAUUUGCAUGAAGCAAUGAACAAAUUACAAAAAACACAGCAUUUUAAUUUUCCUAAACUAAGUUUCCAUCUAUACCUGCACGUUCAUCAACAAUAUAAAACAGUGAUCUCAUGCUACACAUGAAACAGUUCAUGCCUUCAGUUAUUGAAAAUCUAAAUAAACCACAGUUUCUUAGGUGGCAAAACUUUUGUUUAGGGUAAGUGAAGAUUGCCCUGAAAUGCUAGAAGCUGUAUAGGUACUGUGUAUAAUGUUUUAUCACGUUAGAUGUGCCAAUAACACACACUGUUCAGUAAACAACUUGAAUCAUAUAAUUGUUUUCAUCUGGUUUUAUUACUCUUGUCCAAUAAACAAUGUCAAAUCUCUAAUCUUAUUUAAAUGCUUACAAAAAUGUGCUUUGUUUACCUGGUUUGAGACCUUUAAUAGAUAGUAAUAAUUUUAGCAUUGUUCAGACUUUAAAAUUAGAAAUCCAGUCACCCUUCACAAACCCUCAUUCUAUAAAUUACAUUGUGGUUAUUUUAAAGAAAAUGUGUGUUUUCCUUACCAUUUCAGAAAUAAUAGUCUGAAUUUUUGACAUUUUUUGUAUUGAUUUCCCUUCUGUUCUCAGAGAAAAAUGUUUAUUUUCAGAGUCUGGUCAGCAUUUCCUAGGUCAGAGUUAAGCCUUAAACUGUACAGAACACCUACUAAACAUUAUUUGGUAUUGGUUAUCACAUUCACUUGAGGGAUACUGUCUUCACUACACUGUCAGUCACAUCACAACACAUGGUGAAUGUAUGUUUCUGCAUAGUGAAAUAAAAGUGGUAAACGCACCAAAAUUUGUAUUUGUCUAUGUCUAAAAAACAUGUUUUCUGUAUUCAAACAUCAAUACCAUUUGUUUAAUGUAACAGGCAUUUUAAUGUGCAUUACAGAGACAUUCUUCCAAUUGACCACAAUAUGGUGUUUAGAUGGGUACAAAUAGAAGAGCAACCCUAAAGAAAUACUGUACAAAUAUAUUCCUUCUGUACAAUUUUUGCACAUACAAUAGGUGCCCUCUAAUUUUUUGUGUGAAAUUUAGCUCUGUAAUUUGCUUCAUGUUAGCGAAAGGGAACAGUACAACCAGCUAACUAUUUUUGAGUAUUAGCUUAAAUAUAUACCAUAUAUAUUAUAUUUUCUAUUCUAAAACAUUAGAGCACUAUUUGUUUCAGCAAAUAAUUUGGGCACAAUCUAUCCCAUAGUUAAGCACUUCUAAGUUCCAUUCCAAUGAGAGAGUUAAGUGUGUGUUUCAUGCUCUCUUGCUAAAAGCUGUGGGACUUAAAACUACUUAAUUUGGGCUAGGUCAUGUCCUUUACUGUUUUGAUUUAGCUUUCUAUUCACAGUCCAUUCAUGGUAUCCUUUCAUUGAAGGAAAAAAUGAAAGUCUAUUUUUUAGCCUUUGAAAUACAUAAACGGCCAUCUGUAUGGCUAUUUUUAAUUAUAAAGGCCAAAUUCACAGAUUUCCAACUGAAUUGAGUGGUAGGAGCUUCUGUGAAGUAAAACUGACUCGUUAUCACAGAUUAAAAGUUUAAAAAAAUAUUUUUAAAGAGUAUAUAUCAAGAGAAAAUAAUCUAUAGAUAAAUUAUAUAAAAAAUAAGAACCAUUGUCCAGUAAUUUUUGCAUGUGUGGAAUCUCAGGCAAAGUUUAGGUGCUCACUCCACCCCAGUGAUCUAUAGGCAUACGCAGGGCCACCAGGGCUUGUGACCCAGUUGGAAUGCAUGGUGGUUGAUAGUAUAAACUGGCACCUAUGAGUGAGCUAAUACAUGGCCAUCACAAUAGCUGCUUUAUGUCUAGCUCACAGUUGGUGUCACAUUCUCUCAGCUAGGUCACAAAUCUGCCACUGGCCCUGUACACAUCCACAGGCUGGGAUGGGUUUGCUAGCCAUUUCAUUUCUGGGGACAGCUCCAUCCUUGUGUCCCCUUUGUUCACUGGCGCUCCUACAAAGCUUUUAAUUGGGAUGAAGGUUUUGUCUUGUCUUUGGGACCUUCUUCUUGGAACUAUCUUCCAUAUUCUAUCAAUAGACAUAUUUUAAUAAGUGACUCCUAUAUCUGUAAAUAUCAUGGAUAAAUACUUAGCUAACCCAGUGAAAAUCACAAUCAGGUAAUGCAUAACACUGAAAAUUUUGCAAAACACAUUCCCUGUUGAAUAGGUGGCUUUCUGUAUAAUAAUGCAAUUCUGAUCACAUUGAACACAAUGGGAUUUACUUCUAAAUGUACAUAUGAUUGUGCUGUAAAGUGUUUCUUUUACUCUAAUAACACAUGUAAGUUCUUCCUACAUAAUUAAUACAGACAUUACUAUGUUGUGUUUCCACUCCUACCUAACUCACAGGAACUCUUUUGCUCCUAUAAUGUAGGAAGCAGCCCUCAUCCAAUCAUUUUAAAUUAAUUUAUUGUUGAAGAUUUCCUAUUUGCAUAUUUAACUUGUUCCUUCCAGCACAAUCAUCUUCUGUUACAUAGUGAACAAGCAUAGAUUAGUUAUGUGAGGCUUUAGAUUAUCUAUUUCUUUCCCUUGUCAUAGUGUGCUGUUUUGGAAUAGAGUAUCCAAGUAUAAUCUUACAUUUCUGUGAAUGCCAAAAUCAGCUUUUUACCUGUGGCAGCUGUUGAUGGGAUAGGAGACCAUGCUCCUUGUUAAGUCAUCAAGCAUUUAAAAAUAGAUUCUGAAACCAGAUUCCUUUUCCAUUGUCACAAUAUUUGCUUUGUAAGCCUUUCAUAUUGAUUUUAAUGAAGAGUGGGUUAUAAAACAGCCAAAAAAACAAAAACAAAUAAGUACUACUUGGUCAGUUUAACUGAUACUUCCCAUGAUAAAAGUUCAUCUUUCCUUGAACAGGUCCACUAUUCCAUUUGUAACAACACGUUAGCUCAGUUUCAAACUUGCUAUUAAAAUGUGGGAAAAGUUAUUUUGAAGUGGCUGAAAGGUAGAUUCUCAGAACUAGGUCAGGUCAUAGUGAAAAACAGUAUCAGCUUUCAGACAAUCAAACAGUGGUUCAUGUGACAAUGUUAUUAUACCUUCAGUAGCUGCUACACCAGGCUUCCCCUACCUAGUCUCCAGAUGUUUUGGACUAGAACAGUGUUUCUCAACCUUUUUUGGGCCAAGGCACACUUGUUCCAUGAAAAAAAUCACGAGGAACACCACCAUUAAAAAAGUUUAAAAAAUUAACUCUGUGCCGCCCUAUAUUGACUAUAUAAUUAUGACUGUAAGAAACACUUGCCAAUUGCUGUGUUGGUUGCAAUCUCCUGUAAUAAGGCUUCACAAGCCGCUGAUUUCUCUGCCAGCACAAUCCUUUGCUCAGCAAGUUUCAGGUUGAGCUCAUCCAGCCAGCUUCUUUAAGUUUGUCUAAAACCACCCUCCCGUGGUGGUGGCUGUUGAGAGCUGCGCUCGCCCCGCGUCGUGACCCGGCUGGCUUCCUUUCCGGCGGGUCAGUGACAAUGCAAAUCGCCCUUCUCGUCGCCGCACGUUGCGGCACACCAGCCAGCGUCUCGCGGCACACUAGUGUGCCGCGGAACAGCGGUUGAGAAACGCUGGACUAGAACUCCCAUCAGACAUAGUAACAAUGUUGAAUAAUUGAGGGGAAUGGUAAUUGUAGUCCAAACACUUGGAGAGUACCUGCCUGGGGAAAGCUGCACAACACAAGCAAUAGUACCAUCAUUAUUAUUUUGAAGCAGUACAUCAGAAUCCAUCCAAAGGAUGCAAUCCUAAGCACACAACUUAGGGGGAAAGCCCCACCGAACACAGUGGCAUUUACUUCUGAGUAAGUGUGCAUAGGAUUGUUCUGCACAGAAUUUGUGCUUGGACAGUAACCUUCUGUCCAAUAUUAUUGCUACAUUGCCUACAUUUUAGCAUGGCAUAUCAAAAUAAGAACGCUACCAAAAGCUAAUUCAUUGAUUUAUAAGAUUUCUCUACUUCAAAGGAGUACUCACUGCUAGAAUAAGAAUGAAGUGCACAAUGAUGGCUCAAUGUUAGUGAACUUUGUGUGAGGGUACUUCCUGGGAAAUAAAUGUUUCUUUUUGAUAGAUUGUUUUUUGGGUUGACUGCCUAAUCCUGUGCCAGAUGAAAUAAAAAGCUCUUGCCUGUUUCU